AUGGAUGCAUUCAGCUUAAAGAAGGAUAAUCGAAAAAAAUUUCAAGAUAAACAGAAAUUGAAAAGAAAACAUGCCACACCCAGUGAUAGAAAGUACCGGCUAUUGAACCGCCAAAAAGAAGAGAAAGCUACCACAGAGGAGAAAGAUCAAGACCAAGAACAGCCCGCCCUGAAGUCAAACGAGGACAGGUACUAUGAGGACCCGGUACUCGAGGACCCGCAUUCUGCAGUCGCCAAUGCAGAGUUGAACAAGGUGCUAAAAGACGUCCUCAAAAAUCGGCUCCAGCAGAACGACGACGCCACAGCCGUCAAUAAUGUUGCUAAUAAAGAUACUUUGAAAAUCAAAGACCUCAAGCAGAUGAAUACGGAUGAGCUCAAUCGUUGGCUCGGACGGCAGAAUACAACAUCGGCUAUAACAGCGGCUGAGCCCGAAUCAUUAGUCGUUCCCAUUCACGUACAAGGUGAUCAUGAUCGUGCGGGCAAGAAGAUCAGUGCCCCUUCGACCGAUCUACCGGAAGAACUAGAGACCGAUCAGGAUUUCCUUGAUGGACUGCUCUAA